AUGAAACUAUUUGCAAUCGGAGAAGGAUGUCAUGUCCUCACAUUUAAAAACACAACCAUCAUGUUGGAUUGUGCUUUGGAUUGGGGAUCAUCGAGUGCGAUUUGGGAUUUUCUAGAGAGAAAUAUUUUACCAGGAAUGACAAGUGGAGGAAAUCCUUCGGAUCAAACAUUGGGAGAAUUUUCAACCAUCACUCCUACAAAAACAAUGCUCAAUCUGUUGAAUCGAACACAUCGUAUUUCUCCAUUUACAACCAAUAGUAGUAAUUUGAAACAAAAUUACGGUCCGACUGCAAAUGCGUCGAUCAUAUUCAAAACACCUAAUUUUCACAAAAUUGACUGCAAACAAAUUGAUCUAAUUCUCAUUACAAAUCCUCAUAAUUUACUUGCAUUACCUUUUCUUUAUCAACAUUUAAAACAACAGGCAGCUUUUAGAAAAGACCCAAACCCAGUAAAGAUGCCUCCAAUUUAUGCCACAGAACCAACAGUGCAGUUAGGAAAGAAAAUGAUGCAAGAAUUGGUUGCCUAUGUGAGACAGAGCGAGCAUUUAGAAUUGUCUAGUAUUGAUCAAAUUGUCAAAAUCACUACCAAGCAACAAGAGUCCGAUUCUGGUUUGGUUCCACUCUUGAGUGAAAAGUACAUUUAUUCUGAUGAGGAUAUCUUGAAGGUUGUUGAGAGCAUGAAGAGUGUGAGUUAUCAAGAACGUAUUGCAGUAUUUGGAGGAGUUUUUCAAAUCGCAGCUCUUAGCAGUGGCUACAGUUUGGGGUACUGCAAUUGGGUCAUUCAAACAGAGUAUGAGAAAAUAUUUUACAUGAGUCAUAGUAGUCGUUCGGGUGCUCAAGUUCGUCACCCAUCCGAAUUAGAUUUGUCCUUAGUGUCUCCACAAUUUACUUCAACGACAGGAUCCUCAAACGGAAGUGUAUCCUCAGUCGUGCAGACCACAUCAGGCAGUGGAUCCAUGAUGAAUCUCGUAAUGAUUGUUUCCAAUGUGUGUCCAAAAAGCGAGAAGAAUUUGUACUACUUUGAACAAUCCUAUCAACAGCUUGCAGCAACUAUAGGUGGAGGUACUCCCACGACCAGUAAGAGUCAAUACGCGAUCGAUACUGAAAAUAUCAAAAUUGUGAAACCAAUCUGUCACUACUUCCCUGAGGCUACCCUCAACGACUUUUGCAGAAUUAUUGGAAAAACAAUAGAAUCUGGAGGAGAUGUUUUGAUUCCAUGUCACACGACGGGUCUCGUCUAUGAUUUGAUUGACUUUUUGUCAACCUAUUUCAACUCUGUACAUUUAGGAAAUACUCUAAUCUAUCUCGUUUCUCCAGUAGCAGAUCAUUCGAUACAAUACGCCAAUAUUAGUGCAGAGUGGUUGUGUGAUUCCAAGAUGGACAAGACCAUUUCUGCAGAAUCUCCCUUCUUGCACACGAAUUUACUUCAAAACAAAUCACUCAUGAUCUUUGACAGUGUCAAUGCGAAAUUCAUGCAAGUCUAUCAACAAAACAGAAGUUCUCAUCCAUGUGUCAUAUUUGCAGGCCAUCCAUCGCUACGAAUGGGAGACAUUUUGCAACUCAUUCCCAUCUUUCAACGAAAUACCAACAAUGCACUCAUGUACAUUGAACCAGAGUAUUCCUUCUUUGACGCCAUAAGACCAUUCAUCCCUAAAUCCCCAAAUCAGCCAUCCAUGAAAUUUAUUCAUUGCCCUAUUGAUUUAAGAUUGAAGAAUAAUGACUUGGUUCAUAUUGUGAAACAACUUGUUCCACAACAUCUCAUCUUGACCAACGUAGCAAUAGAUAUUGAACCACAGCAAAUCCAAAAGAACGUCUCUCCCAACACUGAACUUAUCGGAGCUCUAAAUGGUUAUCAAACAUUGAGCACAUUACUGAACUGUUUGGAUAUACGAAUAAUUUCCAAAUUUGUGACCGAGAAGAUCCAUAUCAUCUCCACACCAGGAAGCUCUGCAAAAUUUGAUAUUGAUGGAGAUGACAUUCUCUCCAUUAAGAAACAUCACAUGAAACGAAAGUAUGAGUUGGCUACCAUUUCCUCAGAAUUAGCCAAAACCAUCUUUCCAAAAUCUGUGAAAGGCGUGUACGUUUCUCGUGUUUCUGCCAGUCUUACCUCAAAGAAUGGUAAACACUUGUUAGAUGUGCCACCUACAGAAGACCUUUCAGAUUCAACCACAGAAGAAUCCAGCAAAAAGAAACGAAAACAAGAAAAUACAGACCUCAUGGUAUUUGGAGAUGUGAGCGUGGAGAAAAUUGUGAAACACUUACAAAUGGAAGGUUUUGACAAAAUUUCAGUCCACUCUGACCCAUCAGAAUAUGGAACUUACACGAUUGAGAUUCCUCAACUGGACUCUAAGAUUAUUUUCAACGCUGAAGAUACUACCAUUGAAACACCAGAUGAAACUUCUCGACAUUAUCUCAAAGAACUUCUCAUGCAAAAUUUAUACAUGUUGUAA